AUGCCAGUUAUCGCCAGUUUUCGCAGAAAGCUUUCGCGUACCAAGUCUGCGCCAGCCCCCGUCGAAGUAGUGGAGGGGAAUCAGGAUAUGUUGCAGCCAUGGCUCAGCAACGCGUUGUCUCUGACAUCCUCCGACGAGCAGCUUGUCUCCAAACUGGCCUUCACCCCCGAGACGGCAAUAAUCGAGCGAGCCCCUCGCCAACAGACUCCAUCAGUGGGGACUAGGUGGUCCGAACGGACAGUCUUUAACAACGUUGAGUCUGGUUUCCUUUCGCUACCGACGGAGCUGUUGAUGUUCCUCCAGCCAUAUUUGACCCCGAGUAGCGAGGUCGCCCUUCGUCAUACUUGCUCGAGGUUCUUCCAUCUUUACACCACGCCGUCUUUUGUCCUGACAGGGAAAGAGCUGUUCGAUUUCCUCUGCAUGACUGAGCGAGAUCAAGAUCCCACUGAACUAGAUAAGCUGGUGUGUGGCAAGUGUCAGACGCUUCAUAACCGGUAUACCUUUCCGACGUCAGAGGUCAAACAGGAACCUACCUUGCGAGAUUGUCGACAGGUUUGGUUGUGUCCGCAUCGUCACCUCGGUUACCAGAAGACGAUCCGGCACAUCAAGGCCGGAGUGGAAUCACCAUUUCGAGUGGAAACACUGGAACCGUGCUCCAGGUGCAGAAACUCUAUUCGCAACAGGUCUGUGGCCGACCGACCGGAGAAAGGCACCUCAGCAAUGGAUCUAGAGAAUCCGAAGGCCGAGUCUCUUUUGAUCUCCAAGGUUGCCCUCCUUCAAUCACCAUCGCCUCUGUAUAACACGAGAACAAGCGGCGGUAGUGGCAUGUAUAAAGAAGUUUUCCAGGUCAAGGAUGUUUCGAGCGCUCUGCAAGGGAUCGACUUCCGAGUUUGCCCUCAUUUGAAGCUCGGUGAUCCCUACAUCCUUAGCAAGUUCUGCAGAGCAUGCAUCAACACUCAGCGCCUCCCACCAGGAGUCAGAGGUCCACCUUGUAUCAAUGAGUCAAAGCGAGAUUUUGGAGACAGCCGGGCUGGGGCGAAGUGUAAAGGUGCCUGCUUUACUCGAGGUUGCAAAACGCAGUUCAUGUUUCAAGCUCGCGAGAGUCUUUCGCCCGAUGCCUCUGGACGACGACAGGUGUGGCUCAUUAUUGUUGUCUAUCGCUGGCUCGGUCCACUCCUGAGCGCCGGACGGAAUGCGACCUGGACGGACCACACCAUCGACCAUCUGGAACGGAAGGAGAUGCGCGCCAAAUGGGCUGAGUGGGAAAGGGCAAAUCGGUCUGGACGACAAUGCAUGCCGAAUUGGAGCAUCUGCCUUCUUCAUCCGGAAGAUUCGAAUUUGCGCUGA